AUGGCCGCCGCGAACAUGCCGCCAGGCGCGGUCCCUUCCAACGGCAUGGUCGACCCAUUCACAUCCUCCCCCUCGUCCCACGCGAAUCCAGCGCCAUUGCGGUAUGCCGCUUUCGACAACGAGCAAUUAUCCCUGGCUGCAACAAACUCGCCUUCGUCAGCGAGGAGAGCGCUCGAAGCGCACUUGAAGAACACCGAUCGCCGCAUACACGAAGCCUCUAGACUAGGCACCACUCUGAUUCAACAGCGAAAGGACUUGGCCGCGAAACUCAAGGAGGUCGAGGAGAUGCAGACAGAAAGUCAGGUGCCUGACGAGCUUCGUCAGAAGCUCUCUGAGCUGGAGCGCGAGUACAAUGAGGUCGGGAGAGAGUCCGCUCGUGCCUUUUUGCCCAAAUCGCGGGUUGUCAGUGAGGCAACUGACUCAACUGCGGGCUCGGGUAUCAUCUCUGGUAGUGGCAGAGACUCACCCACAAAAGCGCAGGCGCCCUCAAUGUCUAGACGACAACGCAACCAGCCGGCGAAUAGAGUGCACGAUAUCGAGUUCGCAACGGAAAUUAGUACUUCCUUGAUAGCCCAGGUUCGGCAACUGCAGGCAGCUCUGGCCGAAAAAGACGAUGAGCUGAAAGACACCACUGCAGCGAAAGCGCUGCUGGAGGCCGAAGCAGCUCAUCUUGUGCAGAGAUUGCGUCACAUGGACGAGAAUGAGCAAAAGUACAAGGACGAGAAUUGGAACCUGGAGACCAAACUGCAAGAUAUGGAGGCGACUCUGAAGGAGAGCAUGGACAAGGAGAGUCGGCUGGUGCAGAUAUUGAGAUCCACACAAACUGAGAAGGCGUCCAAGGAGCGGGAACUGGACGACCUGAAGGUUACGCACGAGAAGCUGAGCGAAGAUCAUGCCAUGGUGAAGAAAGUGCAGGAAGCUGAUCUUCACGGUCUCAAGCGAGAUGCAGCUGUGCAUGAGACAGAGAAGGGCAGGCUUGAGAGGAGGAUAGCGGAAUUGGUCGCGCAAAACACUGAGCUUGCAAAGGCUGUGUCUUAUCGCAUGGGCCAUCCCGUUCAGCAGUCAGACACAGACUUCGUCUCUGCAGAGGAAGGCAUUCAGUCCGACUCGCAAAGCCCCUUCGACAGCGCACCGCCAUCUCCCAUCAAGGGCACUCCAGCCCGUCACGGCAUGCUCGAGCAGGAGACCCUAAAGUCGAGCUUGAACCACGCUCAUCGUAUGAUUCAGAAUCUCAAGAACACGAUCCAUCGAGAGAAGACCGAGAAAAUCGAGCUCAAGCGCAUGCUGCAAGACGCCCGGGACGAGAUAGAGACUCGACGAGAGAGCACUGGUAUCGUUGGUGCAAAUAUGGCCAAGAAGCGUCGAAGCGAGCCAGAAGGUAUUAAGUUCAAGAGACCCUCCACGAACAGGCUCGGUGCCACGCGAACCAGCACGACGGAGAUUCUCGAAGAUGAGCCGGACUGGGAGGACCACGAGAUCGAACAGACACCAAGCAAGCCAAGAUCUGCCGGUGUAGCAGCUGGCACAUCCGCGACGGGAGCUGCUGGCAUGGCUGCCUACGACCAUGCAUAUGGCAGGUCUGAAGACGAUAGUACUGAUGCAUUCGACACGGCCCACGAGCGCGAUACCACGACUGAAAGCGAGGCUUUUGCGACAGGUAAAGAGGACUUCGGCGACGACACUACUGAUGGUGAUCUCACUGAGACCGAAGGUAAUGGAAACCACACUCUGCGUUCGGUCGGCAGCUUCACGAGUAGGCCAAAGGCGGAACACAGACAGUCGUACAUGUCCACUGCUUCAAUGUCUGGCGACGACGACGAUGACCAGAUUGUUCGUACUCCUGUGCACAAUGCGCAGCAGCCUAAGUAUAAGCUACGCCUGAGCCGCGGAGUCAGGAGGUCUGGCCGUGUCAGUGACAUGAUCGCGGACUCUCCAAACGCUGCAAGCAACAACAGCCCUACUUCGAGCAAUGGUACACCGCAACGCGCGCAGCAGACACUCGGUGACGAGCUUGACGCUCUCGACGAAGACAGUAUGGAAGGCACGCCAUCCUCCAGCUUUGUCAUGGACGACGAAGGCACGCCAAACACCCAGCGAGAGCUGAGCGUAGAUCCCGGUACUCCUUCGAAGGCUGAAGCUGAAACCGCUGCGGUCGUGGCAGAGAGAGAAAUGUCUCAAGAACCAGGCAUUGUAAGCAGUGCAAUCAUCCCUCGCAAGCCGGAUAUGAUCGAUUCUGGGAUGAUGACCGAACCCUGGGAACCAGAGCGUAUCAUCGAAGAACGCAUUGCCGAGAAGGAGAUUCGGGUGGAAGUCCCCGUCCAUGACCAGUCCUUACAGGACCAUGCCGGUGACCUUAUAGGCGGGGCACUUGCUGGCAUUGGCGUCAGCAGAUUUGUCGGCGGACAGCAUGAUGGUUCUCGUGAGGUGGACGGCUCGUCACAAGCUUCAGGCGAUUCUUCCAACCACGACCUCGCGCGUGUACAGACGGCCGAAACGGAAAUUGCGCGCCCAGCGUCCCAAUCUAGAAGCCCUGGCGGUAGCGAAGGUCUACCAUCGGACAAAGACCACACUCGGCUGCAGUUCUCUACCAUCACAGAUCCGCGCGACGACGAAAUCGAGACGUACAAGGCACAGAUUGCACAUGUCACCAAGUUGCACGAGGACCAGACCGAGCGACAAAGGUUAGAAGCUCAGCAAGCACAAGCUGCCCGAGAAGCGGAGAUCGAGAGAGUCAAGUCUGAGAUGAAGCAAGUACAGGAAUCUCGUGAUUCUGAGGUGCAGAAGGUAAAGUCGGAGUUGCAGCAACUGCAAGGAGCCCGAGUAGCUGAAGUCGAGAAGGCCAGCGCCGAGAUCAAGCAGCUCAAGGAUACUCGCACUGCCGAGAUCGAGAUGUACAAGCAGGAACUGAUGCAGGUCAACCAAUCUCGGGAGCAAGAGCAGCAGGGUCACAGCGCCGAGAUCGAGGCCCUCAAGCGACACGGUGCUGAGUCGAGCCAAGCCAUUGCUCAGCUCAAGCUUGACCACAACAGACAGCUUCAGCACUUUAAGGGCUUGGUGAGCGAGAUAUCAGAGAAGCUUACGGUGGCAGAGCAGGAGAGGGAAGAACUACAGCAUGACCAUGCUGUGGUCACUUCUCAACUCCAUGAUCUUUCAAAGCAACAUGCGCAUCUGCGGAGCCAGCACGCGCAGAUGGAGUCCGAGCGGGAGCAGUUGAAACAGGAACACUACAACUCGAAUACCCAGUUCGAGCAUCUAAAGAGGCAAUUCAUGGAGAUGCAGAGCAGGCACGCUCAAGCAGAAGAAACGAUCAGGGUGUUGACACCAGAUCCGGCCAGUCUUGCGUUCUCUGACUUGAUCGCCCAAGAUGUGAAGCCUGUGGAAAUAGACUUCCCCGAGCACGACACACCGUUCGUGCCUCGUCGGAGCUCAAAGCGCCCAGAAAACGUGCCUGGCAGUUCAACAGAACAGCAGGAGCCGAAAACUCUGCUCACCCAUAAUUAUCACGACCAUCCUCUGGUUGCUACCGAUGAAGAGGACGAGAAUGAACCUAACGAGUCUCCUGUGGAUACUGCUGACUUCCCAAGACCACCGCUGGCUGAGAUAUCGACCAAUGCCCCGCCAAGCAGGCCCCCUCCUGGUCCCCCCAUGACUGAUGAAGGGUCGCAAACCCUGGUUUCAGGGAAGGAUAUUGAUAGCAUUCUUCGCAACAAGACUGCGAUUGUUCCAGGCAAGGAUGCCGCAAUAAGUGGUGCUGCAACGGCUGCUGCAUUGAGCUCGUUGCCGCCAGUACCCACAUCGCCAUCGAGAGACCGUUCGACAGAAGCGCGACCUUCGAUAUACGAAUCACCGACACUCAAACAGCCUCGCCGUCCAUCAAGCUCAGGUAGUAUGCGGGCAAGGGCCGCGGGCGCGCCACCAUUGCCUGCUGACCACACAAGAAAGAUUGCUGAAGCACAACGAGCGCCGGGCACGCCGACAGGACAACCUGCGUUUGGGACGAUGGGUCCUCCAGCCAUGCCUGCCUCUGCAUACAAACGACCAUCUACAAGAGAUCGAACCAUGAAUGAGCGCGUGGGCUCACGUGACAGUACCACUCCGCGUCCCGUGCAGACAAGAACCAGUCGGAGUCAGAUGGCUUCUGAUCGUGUGUCGCACAGGACAUCUGUGUCAUCGUUUGCAUCUGAGCUUGAUGAGCGCUUCAACAUUAGCCGUGGUCAUGGCGUCUAUCCAGACGACAUCACACCUCCUACAGAUCCACGCAUGAUACAGGCUAUCACACAGACCAUGAUUGGAGAGUACUUGUGGAAGUAUACACGCAAAGCAGGCCGCAGCGAAACGUCCAAUACCCGCCACAGACGCUUCUUCUGGGUGCAUCCAUACACCAGGACUCUCUACUGGAGUGAACAAGAUCCAAGCACGGCUGGCAAGAAUAUGCUAAAAGCGAAGAGCGUCGCCAUUGACUCUGUACGAGUGAUCACCGAUGACAACGCCUACCCGCCUGGCUUACACAGAAAGUCGCUCGUCGUGGUCACCCCUGGCCGUGAAAUCGUCUUUACUGCCCCGACUGCGCAGCGUCACGAGACAUGGUUCAAUGCUUUGUCGUAUCUUCUGCUGAGGACGGACAAGGAAAAGGGCGAGGCGCAAGACACAUUUGACGAGAGCGAUUUGGACGAGUUCAGACCUGGACUCGGCAGAUCUGUCAGCAGGAGUAUAAGUAAAAUGACUGGGCAGCAACGAAGCUCGAGUCGACAAAGUCGCGACCGAGCCAGUCUGAGCAGCUACAACAGCCGCACAACGAGGAACACGAGCCCUCGUCGGCACGACGCUAACCGAACACUGACGAAUCGGCACGGGACAGUAACGCAGCAAGCGAAAACCCUACAGCCGCCGACAUUUAACAACGGCUUAACAAGCACUGUCUCGAACAACUCUCGCCAGUCAUCGGGAAGCGUCGGAGGUCGCUUCACAUCCCUUACAAGUCGCUUUCGGCCAUCAAGCAGCGGCCGUUCAGGAUCCGCAUUGUCUCACCGCAGAGACAACUUCGAUCCUGCUUCGAUCUAUGAUGCUAGUGUUGCCGCCGAUAGCGCCGAAGACCUCCGAGCAGUCAUAGAGCAGCAGGACAAGCAGGCUGAUCGGUUGGAGGACGUGAGGGCGUGCUGCGAUGGUCGCCAUAAUGUAGGCUCGCUGUCCCGUGCCAACGGUAGACACAGCCACGGGCAUCACUCACACUCACAUCGUUGA